AUGUCGCGCUCCUUCUAUGUCGACUCGCUCAUCAUCAAGGACUCCUCGCGGCCCGCGCCCUCGCUGCCUGAGCCGCACCCCGGGCCAGAUUUCUUCAUCCCGCUGGGCAUGCCGUCCCCGCUGGUGAUGUCGGUGUCUGGGCCCGCCUGCCCGUCCCGCAAGAGUGGCGCGUUCUGCGUUUGCCCACUCUGCGUCACUUCGCACCUGCACUCCUCUCGCGGGCCCGCCGGCUCCGGCGGCGGGGGCGCAGCCACGGGGAGUGCAGGGGCCGGGGGUAGUGGGGCCCCGGGGGGCGCCGGGGCCCUGCCCCUGCUCAAGGGUCAGUUCUCUUCGGGUCCCGGGGACGCGCAGUUUUGCCCACGCGUGAGCCACGCGCACCAUCAUCACCACCCGCCGCAGCACCACCAUCACCACCAUCAGCCCCAGCAGCCGGGCUCUGCCGCUGCGGCGGCGGCCGCGGCGGCGGCCGCGGCGGCCUUGGGACACCCUCAGCACCACGCACCUGUCUGCGCCGCCACCACCUACAACGUGGGGGACCCGCGGAGAUUCCACUGCCUCACCAUGGGGGGCUCGGACGCCAGCCAGGUACCCAAUGGCAAGAGGAUGAGGACGGCGUUCACCAGCACGCAGCUCCUGGAGCUGGAGCGGGAAUUCUCUUCCAACAUGUACCUGUCUCGACUCCGGAGGAUCGAAAUCGCGACAUACCUGAACCUGUCAGAGAAGCAGGUGAAAAUCUGGUUUCAGAACCGCCGGGUGAAGCAUAAGAAAGAAGGGAAGGGUACACAGAGGAACAGUCACGCGGGCUGCAAGUGUGUCGGCAGCCAGGCGCACUACGCGCGCUCCGAGGAUGAGGACUCCUUGUCGCCGGCCUCGGCCAACGAUGACAAGGAGAUUUCUCCCUUAUGA